AUGUCAGUUCUUCUUCAGCGACUACCCGACGCUGUACCGACUAUGGGAGCCUCCGCGGCCGGAAGUGACGGCAGACUACAUCCAUUUUUUACUGCACCACGACCACAAGCCCUAGACGAAGAGCAGCAUUGCGAGCUCCAAGCUGCUCUUGGCAGCAGCCCAGCACCAAAUGCUGCCGCUGGGCCAGAAUUGGCUUUGAGUAGGGAAGAAGAGCAACCAGACUCCCAGAAUGGUGAGCCAAAGAGGCAGAAGCGAAAAUCGGAGGCCACUGAGGGAAGCACAGGCAAGAAGAGACGGGGCAGACCAAAAAAAGCACAACAAUUCACGGACACAACCAGAGACGAUGCUUCAAUCUCUUCACAGGAUCUCUCCGGAUCAUUUGAUACCAGCACAGCAAACGAUCAUACCCUACAAGAAACUGCCGACAAUAUCUGCAGAUCUCUACCACCAGUUCUUCCUCCAUCUUGCAAUGAGGUACCACAAAACGAAGCGGCGAGUGCAGCCUUGGCUGUACCCACGGAUGCAAAUGCAGAUUCAGGUGUCAAGCCCAAGAAGAUGUUGAAUUUCAACGUCAAGUCAGGAACUCUUGGCUCUCCCCCGAACCCCAAGGAACCUCCGAUAAAGGCAUCACCAAGCCAGAAGCCCGCGAAGACUCGUGGCCCGCGAAUCGCAAAGAAGCUCUCGCUGGUGGUAUCAGUCAAGUACGGCACGGAUGAACAGGCGCGUCUGAGGAUUGGCAAUAGGAUCGAGGAGAUUCUCAAGACACAAUACCACGAUAGAUCUGUGCCAUCUGCACCCACAAAGGAUUUACUAGAAACGAACAUCUCCCAAGUCGACGUCAAACCCCAAAAGCAGUCCACAUCCAACAAAAAGACUCACCCUUUCUUUCUUGCCAAGGCUCAAAAGACGCACGCAUCCUCGGAGAAACAGGCUGUUGAGAAGACACCUGCGGAUUCAACAGCACACAAGGUCUUCACCUCAACGCCCUGCUCCCCAAAAAGAUCACGUGCCCAGCAGCUAGAUGCUGGACAGACUACGGGCAAAGGUCAAAUUCAGUUUGGAACAAGACAUCUAGGCCUCAAAAUACCUGGAGCAUGUCUUCCUCCAUGGCCUUGGAAAGGGGCUGUCCGCAUAGGCGAAGACGACUCGGCCUGGAAGCAACAUCAGCCGGCCUUGUAUCGAUCCUGCAAAAAGUCCAAAGGGAAUGCCACAUUAAUCAAGCUGGAUGAGUCGAUUAUGACGCGCCUGGCUGCUCAACUUCAGAUACCUGCUGUGGUUCAGGAGCUAAGAAAUGUGGACACCGAUAUGUUCACGCCAGCUCCUCGUGAGCUUCGACUUCCUCGGAAACAUUGCGAAAGUGGCAGAAAACUGCAAGAAAGGAUAAGGAACCAACUCAAAACUCUCGAGUCCAACCUUGGCACCGCUAGAUUCUUUGAAUCUGUCAAAUCUAGCCUUCCAGCACACGAUCGAUCACAGCGCGAGUCACAGGCUUGGACACAAAAGUACGCUCCUGGUGCUGUUUCUGACGUUCUCCAGGCGGAGAGGGAAACAAGCCUUCUGAAAGAGUGGCUCAUAGCUCUUCAAGUCCAGUCCGUCGAUACCGGCGCCGAUACUGCGCUUGGACGUGGAAAAGGGGGCCCCAAAGCAAUAGAUGCGGGACAAAAGAAACGGAAACGGAGAAAGCUUGAUAAUUUUAUUGUCUCGAGCGACGAGGAUGAUAACGAACUCAAUGAACUGUCCGAUUCGGAAGCCGAAUCCUCUCUGUCAGUCACUGGAGGCUUUGCCAAGAAAACAGUCAUUCGGUCAAGCAAGGCCGCUUCAUCCAAGGCUGGCAAGGAAAUGCCACGACUGAAGAACGCAGUUGUCAUCAGUGGUCCCCACGGAUGUGGAAAGACCGCAGCCGUUUACGCUGUGGCCAAAGAACUCGGCUUUGAAGUAUUUGAGAUCAGCCCUGGCAGCCGUCGCAAUGGCAAAGACAUACUCGAGAAGAUCGGGGAUAUGACUAGGAAUCAUCUUGUGCAGCAGCAUCAAGCAAGCGCAGUCACCCCCGGCGAUGAGGACGUACAUGUGUCUAUUGACGACGGAGUUGCGAAGGAGGUGCAGUCUGGAAAGCAAGCAACCAUGGGCUCGUUUUUCAAACCAAACACCAAAACGAAACCGACGCCAAAGCCACAACCAGCACCAAACCCGGCAGCUUCUACGAAGCAACCAGAGACAAAAAAGGUCACAUCCAAGAUUCAAAAACAGUCACUGAUCCUGCUAGAGGAGGUCGACAUCCUUUACGAGGAGGACAAGAAUUUUUGGACAACAGUGAUGGGACUUAUGGCCCAAUCCAAACGACCUUUCAUCAUGACCUGCAACGACGAGUCUCUCGUUCCUCUUCAGGCACUUGAUCUUCACGGUAUCUUUCGCUUCAACCCACCUCCUAUUGACGUUGCUGUCGAUCGACUUUUGAUAAUGGCGGCACACGAAGGCCACGCCCUCCAAAGAGGUGCUGUUGAAUCAUUGUAUGUAUCGCGAGGCCAAGACAUGCGUGCGUCAAUUGCCGAUCUGAACUAUUGGUGCCAAAUCGGCGUUGGGGAUCGCAAAGGUGGUUUUGAUUGGUUCUACCUGAGAUGGCCAAAGGGUAUUGACCGGGACGAAGCCGGGGAUGUUGUGCGUGUUGUCAGUGAAGACACGUAUCAGGAAGGAAUGGGCUGGCUGGAUAGAACACCUGAACAGGGAGCUCGGGAGGGAUGCCAUGGCGAGGAGACCUUGAUGCAACAUGCUUGGGAUCACUUUGGCCUCGAUAUAGGCCUCUGGCAGGAUUCUAAACCCAUGCAGUCGUGGGCCGAGAACUGCCGUGGCUCUGGGAACGGGUCGUCUGCCGAACGAUUGGCAGCUCUUGAGGCAUAUGACAAUUUCACAGAUGUCAUGAGCAUUGCUGAUUUAAGCUCUGCGAUGGAGACGAUAUCGUCUAAGGAGCUCCCAAUCGAUGCAACCCUUCCACCACUCCCACCCAAGGCUAGAGAAGACUUUACGCUCGGCCGGAUACUCAUUGAAGCGACGCCAAUCACAAAUUACGAUGCCUUGGACACCUCAAUCUCGGUUUGUUUGAAGGCGAUGGGCAAACAAGAGCUCUGUCAGACACGCACAAGUCAAGGCUUGUCUUCCAGUCAAAAUGAGCUCGCUCCAUUGGAAGAAGAUCAAGUUAUUCCUGCAAUCCGGGACCAUCUCAGCGGACCGUCGUUGGCAACUCCCGCUGUAAACCGGCUCGACUUCGCCAUCGCAUUUGAUCCGAUAGCUGUCUCGGAAGAAGCGGCAUCGGCCGGGCCCUCCUCCCAUCUCGAUCCGUCAGUGUGGGACCGGACGAUGAAGAUCAUCACACUCGAUGUUGCGCCGUUCGUCAGGGGAAUUGUCGCCUUUGACAACCAUCUUCAUCAACAACGCAUGAAGCUGAGCAACCUGAUGAGCCAAGGCGGCGCGGGUCCAAAGAAGCGGAUGCGCAACACCCGCGCAGCAUAUUCGGCCAUGGAGGGCGGCCAGAGGAGCACCACUCGAGCUGAGAAGUGGUUCAAGGCCGACAUCAACCCUUAUUUCGUCAAGGCCACCGCGCCCAGAGGCUGUGCGGAUCUAGUGCCGAUACCAGCCAUCAUGGAGGUGGAUGACAGAAACAGGGCCGGUGAGAUCGCAGCGCCGGGGUCAUCCUGCGACGAAAGCGAUCUGGCACUGCAGCCGACAGUUACGAAUAGAGCGAGGAACAAAUUAAGGAAAAGUGUGGUUGGCGCGAGCAGCGACUGUUCCGAGGAUGAAUUGGCUUCAUAA